AGUUGCUUCCUGCGAUUUGUUGUGGCAGCAGCAAUAGCUCCAAGAAUUCCUCGAGUUAUUGGAAAACUGCACACGUGGGAGCGGAAGAAGGUGAAAAAGCCAGAAAAUUAAUUAGAAAACUUUUCGCCAUUUGCUAUUGAGUUCUAAAAAGUGUGAAUUUGGCAUAGAGCACGUGGAGUUUUGACUUACAUUUGCUGGCUCUUUUAGCGGGCUUUUUUUUCCUGGCUGGAAAAGAGUGGCAAAUAUCAUUGCUGUGGAGGAUGCAAGAAAACUCCCUGGUGUCAACUGAAGACUUAUCGAAUAGGAUCUGGUGACGAGAAAAUUGGACCCUGAAGGGUUGGAAGUUCUUGCAAGUUGGAUGUUCGUUUUUUUUUUUUGUUUGAAGAAGGACACGUGGAAAAAUCCCCAUAUGAAUGCCAACACUGUGCUUUUGCUUAAUGGUGGUUCGCGUGCAGAGAAAAAGUUGUUUCCCGUGGUGUGAAUACUAUAAACGUUAAAAAUAAUUUAAAAUGGAUUUCAAGUUUGGUGUUGCACCACUCGUGAUACUUUUGUACCUGCACUCAACGCUGAGAACUACCUCGUCGGAAGUUACAGUGGAUCCAAAGUUCAGUAUGCCUAUAAAUAAUGUGACAGUGCCCAUUGGACGGGAAGCAAUCCUCACGUGUGUUGUACAGGAUUUGGGAACCUACAAGGUUGCAUGGCUCAGAGUGGACACCCAAACCAUUCUCACUAUCCAAAAUCACGUAAUUACAAAGAAUCAUCGCGUGGCGAUUAUUUGGACGGAGAGGAGAACGUGGCAGCUCAAGAUUAAGGACAUUAAGGAGUCAGAUCGGGGAUGGUAUAUGUGCCAAAUCAACACAGAUCCGAUGAAGAGUCAGAUGGGUUACUUGGACGUUGUCGUUCCACCGGAUAUUUUGGAUUAUCCCACAAGCACGGACAUGGUAGUUAGGGAGGGUAGCAACGUGACACUGAAAUGUGCUGCCACUGGGUCUCCAACACCCACAAUCACCUGGCGCCGAGAGGGCGGUGAACCAAUCACGCUUCCUGGUGGAUCAGAAGUGCUGAGUGUGGAAGGAUCCACAUUUACCAUUUCACGCGUGAAUCGAUUACAUAUGGGGGCUUACUUAUGCAUCGCUUCCAAUGGAGUUCCGCCAACUGUCAGCAAAAGAAUAAUGCUCAUAAUUCACUUUCCGCCGAUGAUAUGGGUGCAAAACCAGCUCGUUGGUGCUCUUGAGGGACAAAAAAUCACCCUAGAAUGUCAGUCUGAAGCAUAUCCCAAGUCCAUUAAUUACUGGACACGUGAAAAGGGUGAAAUCGUUCCGCAAGGUGGAAAAUUCGAGCCUGUACUUCUGGACAAUGCCUACAAAGUGGUGAUGAAGCUCAGCAUAAAGUCUGUGAGUCAGUCUGACUUUGGAUCCUACAAGUGCGUCGCUAAGAAUAGUCUUGGAGACACAGAUGGGACCAUAAAACUCUAUGCCAUUCCUCCACAUACAGUGAGCUCUGGGGAAAGUCAGCUGGCGAGAUCUCGAGGGAAGAUGCUGCGAAAAGAUGGUAGUGGACUUUUGGAGGCUAACACAAUUGUCGAUGGGAUUGUUGUGGAUGGUGAUGGUAAAAGGACAGAUAUCGCUCUUAGGGGCAACAAUGAAGUUAAUUAUCGCAAUUCCGCGAGUAUCAGGACAUUUUUUCACAUCAUCACCAUCAUUUUCUUCACAAUUUGGUGUCGCUUUGCUCAACUUUGAUGAUAAUUCGCAGGCAGGAGAAAGAGCUCCUCAGUUAAUUGUAUGUUAUCGUGAGCUCGGUUUUUGGAAUUAAAUUUAGAUGAGAGAUAGUGUAAAUAUAUUUUGAAGAAAUAUAUAUACGAAUUGUUAGAUAAAGAGUAAUGUAAUUAGGCCAAUAAGACAUGGAAUAUAGCUGGCAACUUUGCGUUGAAGAAAAUUCAUUGCAAUAGACGUUAAAAUUUACUUAAGUUUUGCUCCGGACAGCAAAAUGUAUUUUCGUGUGAUGAAGACUUUUUGAUCUUGUUAGGUGCAUCACAUGCGAGUGUAAAGUUCAAAGGCUAAUUUUAUUAUGAGAAUACAUAUCAUAAAAGGUAUUUUAGGCAAAAACUUAAGAGACUCUUUCCCCGCCAUCGUAUAAAAGAAUAAAAAGUUCAAGCACAUUAUGCUUAAGAUAGAUUUUAUGUGAAAAUUUGAGUUUGAGAAAAUCUCUGGGGAAAAAGUUGAGGAUUUGAGCUCCUUCUUGGAGACAUUUAUGCUGUAAAAAGGAUAUUCAAUGCAGGUGUAAAGUAAUCAGACGAAAAAGACUAUUGAUAUACACGAAAUUUGCUGAACUUCCAUAAUUCUUAAUAGAUACCAUGGAAAUAUUGCUUUUUUUUCUCAAUAUAUUCUGUAUUAUUUAAUUAUCUCACCUUAUUUGUAUAAUACGUAAAUUUUAUACAUUAUAGUGUGAUUUUUCAUUUCCUACAAUAGACUUUUAAAUUAAACCUAAUAUACUUGUAAAUUCUAUGGAAUUAACUAACAGUUAAGGAGUUAGCAGAAGAAGAGAAUCUCCUGUGAAGAAAAACUUUAUGUUUUAAAUAAAAUCGAAAAAAAAAGAAUUGUUUCCAAGUAAUAUAUUACAAAAAAGACAAAA